GCGAACGGGACUUGGAGGAAAUCGACAACUGCACGGAAACUACCACCCAUCCAGUAUCCUCCUACUCAUAUUUUUGUCGAAGCGUACCUGAGAUGUAAAUUAUAGAUAAAAAAUUUGUCGUGAACCCGCAGCGAAGAAAAAUUAAUCUAUCAUGUAAAAUGUAUAGUGGAGCCUUCCUGAGCGUGAAUAAUUGUUUGCAUGAACACUUGAAUGAUCAAAGAUUUAGAAUUCCCUUUUGCCUGGGGCGAGGAUGAAUAAAGCGCAAGAUCCAACGCCUCCGCAAUCAUGGACUGGGAUCCGAGAUGCAUUACAGUACGGACCAUCUUGCGCUCAAAUCGAUAUGUUGAAACACCAACUUGUUGGCAGUGAAGAUUGUCUCUACCUUAAUAUAGCUACAACUUCAUUGAGUGGAUCGCGACCGGUCAUGAUCUUCUUUCACGGUGGAGCUUUUACGUAUGGUAAUGCAAAGGACGACUUGUACGGUGAGGAUUAUUUGGUAACGGCAGGUAUCGUUUACGUGGCCAUGAACUGGAGGCUUGCUGUGCUUGGGUUUCUUCACCUCGACGAUCCAGUGGUGCCGGGCAAUAUGGGACUCAAGGAUCAGACGGCAGCCUUGAAGUGGGUGAAAGAAAAUAUAUCACAGUUUGGUGGUGACCCGAACAACGUCACAAUAUUUGGAGUGAGUUCAGGUGGUGCCUCGGUACAUUAUCAAAUUUUAUCUCCGCUCUCCAAAGGUCUUUUUCAUAAAGCCAUCAUGCAGAGUGGCAAUGCACUAGACCAUUGGGCAACUGCAACAAAACCAGCUGACACUUUGCGUCGUUACAUUGCUGCUCUUGGCAAAGAAACUAGCGAUCCUCAAGAGAUUGUAGAAUUUCUCAGGGGGCUUUCUAUAGAAGAACUCAUGAAGGCGCAACAGGAUUUAAUAGUCCCAGAGGAUAUGCGCUGGUUGCAAUUUCCUUUUCGGCCAAGCGUCGAUGACAAAAGUGAAAACCCAUUCAUGCCUAGGUGUCCAAAAGAACUUGCUUUGAAAGGCUCCGAGGUGCCACUAAUCAUCGGGUACAACAGUUACGAAGGAAAUCUUUUGACAAGGGGAAUGCAGAAUAAGGUGUCUACGAUACUCGACGAGAAUUCUAAGCUGGGUUUACCGGAUGGUCUAGUUACGCAUGACCAUCCAAAAAGAGAUGCUGUUAGUGAUGAAAUACGGAAAUUCUAUUUCGGGGAUGAGCCGAUAAGCGAGGAGUCGGCUUAUGAUUGGAUCCGAGCCUGUGGAGAUAUAUCCUACGUUUUCGGUGCACACAAAGUCGUCGAAUCUCAGCAAAAAAGAAUUGCUCCGUGUUACUUUUAUAAGUUUACAUUUGAUGUUUCACGAACAUUCAGUAAAUUUUACUUCAAUUUAUCGUUGGAGUCAACGAUCGAAGGGCCUGGGCACGCGGAUGAACUGCCGUAUAUAUUCAAUGUUAAGAUGGCUGGUGAUUAUUUAAGAUUCAAUCCCGGUACGCAAGAACGAAUCACGUCCGAUAGAAUGAUCAGGAUGUGGACUGACUUUGCGAAGACUGGAAUCCCGACAUCAAAAAUCGAUGAUGUGAUUAAUGUCGAAUGGUUACCAGUUUCGCAAACAACGAAACAUUACCUAAAUAUUGGCGCAGAGUUGUCCGCAGACACUAAUCCCGAUGAGGAGGUGAUCCAUCUUAGAGAUAACAUAUCUGAAAUCCUUAAUAGUAACUAGUGUCAGCCUGAGUUUUAGCUUAUGAGGUGGUCUAAUUAUUCUAGAUGGUCUAACGGAAUAAAUUAGUUGACAUCAAUUUACUACUAUUUUUCCAAUGUUUAAGUAACCAAAAAAAGUAAAAAAGUUGGAAAAAUAAUGAUUACUGGUUGACCGACGUAACAAUAAAAAUGCAGACAUGAUUUGAUAAAAUAAAUUUACUCGUAAAUUCAAGUCAUCAUAUUCGAAAAUCAAAUCAUCGGCGUAAAAUCGGACGGCGAGUCAAAAUUUUCAAGUCUUUAUUAAUACAUUAGUAGCUAAUAAAUUAAUAAUCGGGGACCGGAUUGGCAGGUUUGGUGUUAUCAAUAGCUAAUAUCUAGACCAAGAUGUAAGAAUGAUGCUUCUUAUAUCUUGACCUAGACUUAUCGCCUGCGCUGAAUUUACCAGCAACAUUUUAGAAUCUUCUGUUUACGCUUGACCGAAAACUGGCAUAUUCUGCAGAUAAGUCAGAGAUCUCCUAUGAUAUUAAACCCCCUUAUCGAGAACAGAUUUUGUUUUAGGGCUGACUGUUUUUACCAUUAUGUCUGCGCGCUGGUCUUGACAAAGACGUCAACAUCUUUACCGCAAAGUUGACAACGACUUCAAACGUUAAUUACCAUUUAUCAUCGAAUUAAUGUGUUAGACAAUAAUUAUAAUCUUUCACCACCGGUAAUCUUUAGUCGACGCCACCGGUGACUCAUGAAUGUCAUCGGAAAAUAAGAAUUUGAAAAGUGGCGCCUAAAAAGGGUGACGCCCAGCGAUGCCUCAACAGCUGAUUGGCGAUUGUGGGCGAUUGUUUUUACCACGCCUACACGCUCUGGCGGUGCAUAAGAAAAAUACGUAGCGGGUGAGCUGAGUCCCGAUCAAGUAAAAGCGACAGACAGAGGAUGGAUUGCACAGUGCAUGUACUAUUCUUUUUCUUUCAUUAAUCGUUAUAACGUCGGUGUCCCUGCUGCAAAAAUGUUUAUAGUGUAGUUCGAUAAGCAGUAUUAUCACGAAAAAUGACUCGUAAUUACGCGGACAGUUGAACAUUAUCGGUGACUUUGGCCUCUGGCGUGAGCGCCGUCGAUUUCGUUCAUACGGUUGUGUCAAACCUGUCUUGAAUCUGUCAUACGCAUACGUAUGAAUGAGCUACGUGCUUUCUGCAGCGUUGGUGAAGCGAAAUAAAACUGCUCGAGG